AUGGAGUUUGAUGGCGAAAUUGUGAAAUUCAAUGUCUAUGAAGCCAUGAGUCAUCCUUACUCAUUGUCAAAUAUUUCCAGUAUCGAUAGUAUAGAUUGUUUAACUCAAAAUUAUUCUGAAUAUCAUGACUUUGAUGAAUUGGAAACUGUCUUUUACAGAAGCAUUGACAUGGAUGUAUUGAGUCGUCUCGAGGAGUUAGCAGUUAUAGAAGAUCCGUUGCGAGAAAUUCCACCAACCUUGGAGCUCAAAGCGUUACCAGACCACCUCAAGUAUGUCUUUUUGGGAGAGAAAGACACCCUACCGGUAAUAGUGUCAAACAGACUAACCAAAGACGAGGAGGAAAGUCUAGUUCGAGUUCUGAAGGAAUAUAAGGAAGCUAUUGGUUGGACAAUAGCCGACAUAAAAGGGCUAAGUCCAUCCACGUGUAUGCACAGAAUUUCCAUCGAAGAUAACACGAAACCAAAGAGAGAUGCUCAGAGGCGCCUUAAUCCACCCAUGACGGAGGUAGUAAAGAAGGAGAUCCAGAAAAUGUUGGAUCUUUGGAAUGAUAUACCCGAUCUCGGCGGUGAUUGGGUUAGCCGAUUCAUGUCGUGCCCAAGAAAACUGGCGUGUGAUGGUGCAAAAUUCAUCGGAGAGCUAGUUCCUACCCGAGUCCGAAUGGAUGGAGGGUUUGCAUCGAUUAUAGGAAGAUUUUUCCAAAUUCCAGUGGCGCCUGAAGAUCAAGACAAAAUAACUUUCACGUGCCCCUUUGGAACGUUUGCAUAUAGACGAAUGCCGUUUGGACUCUGUAAUGCUCCGGCCACCUUUCAGAGAUGUAUGGUAAGCAUAUUCUCCGAUUACGUCGAGAAAAUCAUUGAAGUCUUCAUGGAUGACUUCACGGUGUACGGAUUUUACAGACGAUUCAUAAAAGACUUCUUGAAGAUCGCGCAACCGCUCUGCAGUCUGUUACAGAAGGAUAAAGAAUUUAAAUUUGAGCAGACUUGUAAAGAUGCAUUUGACGUACUGAAGCAGAAAUUGGUUUUCGCCCCCAUAGUGCAACCACCGAAUUGGAACUUCCCGUUUGAAAUCAUGUGUGAUGCAAGUGAUCGAAGUGUGGGAGCUGUUCUUGGCCAAAGAAUAGGGAAAGAGCCUCAUGUUAUCUACUACGCUUCGAAAACUUUGGAUGCUGCCCAAAGCAAUUACACAACCACUGAGAAAGAAUUAUUAGCUGUUGUGUUUGCUUUAGAUAAAUUUAGGUCUUACCUGUUGGGAACUAAAGUGAUUAUUUUUUCUGAUCAUGCAGCUUUGAAAUAUUUGAUAGGGAAGAAGGAGGCAAAACCUCGACUAAUUAGGUGGAUUCUACUUCUGCAAGAAUUUGAUUUUGAAAUCCGGGAUAAGAAGAGAUGCGAAAACUUAGUAGCCGACCAUCUGAGUCGAUUAUCGAUUCUGGCAGAUGACACACCAUUGAAAGACAACUUCCCAGAUGAAAACCUGUUUUCAGCAAAUGCGGUUCAUCCUUGGUACGCAGAUAUAGUAAAUUAUCUUGUCAGAGGUACUAUACCUUCAGAAUUACCAAGGUCUAGGAAAGAUAAGAUUAAAAAAGAUGCUCGAUAUUACAUUUGGGACGAUCCUUACCUAUGGAAGCAUUACUCCGAUCAGUGGAUAGAAGCAAAGGCUACUCGUAAUGAUAAUGCUAAAACUGUGGUUGACUUUCUUAAAAGUUCUAUCUUUUCCGGUAUGGCACCCACGAACAUUAAUCGGACAGCUUACAAGGGACCAAUCGGCAUGUCACCUUAUCGACUCAUUUUUGGUAAACCGUGUCAUCUCCCGGUCGAAUUAGAGCAUAAAGCACUUUGGGCAGUUAAGCAAUGUAAUAUGGAAAUGGAGACCGCAGGAAGAGCUCGAAAGUUGGACAUUCAGGAACUCGAGGAAAUUAGAAACGAUGCAUAUGAAAAUGCUCGAGUUUAUAAAGAAAAGACGAAGGCGUUCCACGAUAAGAUGAUCACUAGGAAGCAGUUUUCAAUAGGACAAAAAUGGAAAUUCAAAGCGAAGAAACCCGGAAGUGCUUUAAGGUGA